AACCUCCUACGCCGCGCCGGAAGUGGGGCAAGCUGAGCCGGAAGUGGGGAAUUGUAGGACCAGGGAUCCUACUAGCAUCUACCGCUCCCCAAAUCCCCAGUGUUUCCGCCCGAGCUAAAGAUGGAGGCCGACGGUUCUUACGAGCCGGGCUUUGUGGGUAUUCGGUUCUGCCAGGAAUGCAACAACAUGUUGUAUCCUAAAGAAGACAAAGAGAAUCGCAUCCUCCUGUAUGCUGUAAGUAAGUGCCGAAACUGUGAUUACCAACAAGAGGCCGACAACAGCUGUAUAUAUGUUAAUAAGAUUACGCAUGAAGUAGAUGAGCUGACUCAGAUCAUUGCUGAUGUGUCCCAAGACCCCACACUGCCUCGUACUGAGGAUCAUCCCUGUUCAAAGUGCGGGCAUAAAGAAGCAGUGUUUUUCCAGUCUCACAGUGCCAGAGCCGAGGAUGCCAUGAGACUAUAUUAUGUCUGUACUGCACCACACUGCGGGCAUCGUUGGACAGAGUGAUCUCCUUAGUUUAUCCAGUUUGUGCUUAGAGGUUUUUAUUUUGAAUAAAUGUCAAUUUUUUUAUUUAAAUCA